AUGCUUUUCCUCCCAGCUGCUGCUCUGUGCUGUCUGUGUUCAGCGCUGGUUGCCAUGGCAGCACAGCUGAUUCAGGACGAUUUAACACUGACCAGGAGAGUUGAUGGAAACGUCUCCUUCAGCUGUCGAGGAACUGGCCAGUGUUACAGCAACUGGCCAGUCGUCUGGUACCAGAAGAAAGACACAGAAACAUUCACAAGGAUUCUUCGUAUUGACAAGAGCAGAUGUAAUAUAGAUUACAGGUUCAGUCAUCCUCAAGUAAACGAUUUUUCAGCUGUGAAUGAUCAGAACGGCUGUGGGUUGAAGAUCGAGAAAGUUAAACUCCUUCAUUCAGCCACCUACUACUGCGCCUGUUGGAAGAGUUCGUUUUACAUCUUUGGCUCUGGAACUAAACUGGUUGUAACAGGUGAGCAGGUAGUGAAGCCCGUGGUGAGCGUGUACCCAGCAGCAUCCAGAGCCCACCUGGAGGGGAGGAGCUCCCUGCUGUGUGUGGCCUCAGCCAUGUUUCCUCCUCUGGUUCGCUUCUCCUGGAAAAGACGAAAGGAGAAUCAGGAGCAGUGGCUCCCUGCUGAGGGAGAGCAGCUGGAGCUCAGAGAGUCGGGACGCACCGCCGCCAUCUUGCUGGUUGACAGGGACGCUCGCCACACGUAUAAAUACCGCUGCUCGGUCCAGCACGAGGGGGGCAGAGAUGAGGUCCAAACAGAACAAGGUAAUGAAGGCUUGGUGACUGUGUUCAGCAGUGAUCCAGCUUCAUGUGGAGACGCUGUUCCAGCUCUUGGACCAUGUCAGCACCAGGUGAAGCUGCUGUGUGUGCUCUACACAGUGCUGAUAGUGAAGAGUCUGGUGUACUGCUGUGGACUCUCUCUGCUGAGGAUCCUCUGAAACAAGGGACCGUCCACCAGCUGCUCACAUGCUGACUGACUGUUUCCUGCUCGCCUUUUCUCACCAUCAGAUCUCAUCAGUUCGUCUCAUUGAUCACUUUGAUCAGCA